UUUUUUUUAUUUUUUUAUUAAUUUUUUUAAAAAAAUUUAACUUCGGGCAAGAGCCCAAAAUGCAAGAUCACUGUGUCCUCUGUAUAUAAGUCGGGCGGUUCUCUUUUCCAGUCGCCAGAAAGAGUGAAGCUGCGGCCGUACUUCGCUCUCGUGCGUCGCCAAAAAGAGUCGCUGUUUCCAAUCGGAAAAUUGAUCGAAUUCCACAUCCGAGCUCUGGAACAAGUCUCUCGGUUGGAGUGAAAUCGAAGUCGUAAAGGUUAAGUCUUUAUGCGGAUCUGAUCGAAAAGUAGUGAGAUUCCUGUUUGGAGGGAGGGAAAUUUUAAUUCUCUUUUUGCAGGAGCUUUUCUUUGCUUUGGAAGUUUGACUCCUAUUGGAUUUCGAAUUCGCAUCUGUUCACUGCACUAUAGUUUUCUCUCAUUUUCUGUCCGCGCCUUUCUGUUUUCUCUGCCGUUUCGGUUUUGAAAGGUCAGACAUGGGAGUGAAAGUGGCGACGACUUGUGUGCAUUGGUCGCAGCCAAUUGUUCCUCAUUCUACUCACUCCUCUCAAACCCUAGCUUCUGCAAUUUCGUCCCCUUCGAAGAAGAGGAGUCGCAGUUCCGAAGGAGUUCUCGUGUGCCGGUAUGUACAGAGAUUGGACCGAUCGGCUCUGUUCGGAACGUCGUCGUCCAGGCUCUACAGGUCCCGAUCGUGCGAGAACCAGAAAUCGAGGGCUCAAACCCUAACGAGAGCGUGCAGCGCCAGCUUCGACGCGUCCUCGGACGAAGAAUUCGCGAAGAAGAUUCAAGAAUUGGCGCUGAGAUUCCAAGUUUCCGACGAUGACGAAGACAUCAGCAGCACCGCGGAUGCAGAAUCGGAAACAAAUCCCGAUUCCAGAGACGAACAGAGCGAGAAUGGCGCCGAUAAUUCUUCUAUAAUCAACGGCGAAAUCAGCUUCGUCCAAGAUAGAAGACAAUUUCUGCAUUCGAAGAUCGUCCCCAUUGAGCCUCCAUGGCCCACACUUCGCCGGGAGCCGCCGGACUGGCCCGGAAGAGACGAAAUUAUUCCAGCGAACAUAGAGCGGAAGGCGAACAGCGUCGAUCUCCCGCUCUCCCUCAGGAUGAUAAAGAGGAAGAAGCAGUGGCAGGAAGGAUUCAGAGAAGCAGGGGAGUCCGCUUACUGUUCCGUAAAGAAGGCGUUCUCUUCAAUGGUGUUCAUAAUUCGAGAGCUCCACAGCUACUCAUUACAGAUGCGAGAGGUCCUCUUCUACGAAGAUCUUCAGGGGAUUCUUGUUCGUGUACAGAAAGAAAUGCACGCAUCGUUCGUGUGGUUGUUUCAGCAGGUGUUCUCUCACACGCCCACUCUCAUGGUCUAUGUCAUGAUCCUCCUCGCGAACUACACAGUCACUUCCAUGGCUAGCAACUCCGCAAUCGCCGCUUCCCAGCCGCCGGAAACCUACGUUUCAGUGGUCGAAACACAGGAUCAGCUGCCGCAGAAGUUCGACUCUUCGGCAAUCAAGACAUUCACGGCGUCCUCUUCCGGCGGAAAGACAACUUUCAUCGGGGGAAACGGCGGCGGCGGCGGCGGGGGAAAGGCCCGGUCGGCCGCCGGGGGCACGGACGGCGACGGGACGUUCGACCCGUCGGAACACCACCGGAGAAUAGUUCCCGAAGGGACAUCUCAGGUUUCUUCGAUGGGGAACCCGGCGCCGGCGAGGGAAGAAGCAGAGUCGGUGUCGGGGCGGGAAGAGGAAUUGAGUCUCUGGAAUUCGGUGGUGGAAGACGCUGCGAAAAUGCAGGCUGCUUUCAGGGACGAAGCUCUGGACCAGGAGACUAUGCAGAGGUUCGUUUCGCCGGUGACGACGAAGAUUGAACCCGACAACUACUCGGACUACUUCCAAACAGAGCUUCUGUAUCAAGUCGGGUUGGCCCAGGACUCGAACAACGCUCUUCUCCUGGCCAACUACGCUCAGUUCCUUUACCUGGUUGCUCGCGAUUACGACAGGUACUUCGAAUUAUAUAUAUAUAUAUUCUUUUUAAACAGAGCUUCUAUAUUCAAAUCUGGAGUUGAAAUUAAAGUUGAAUUUGGUGGAAAUGCAGGGCGGAGGAAUACUUCAAGAGGGCGGUGGGGGUGGAGCCGCCGGACGCGGAGGCGUAUAAUAAGUACGCGGGGUUCUUAUGGAUGGGGAAGAAGGACUUGUGGGCGGCGGAGGAGACAUAUCUGGAGGCCAUAUCUGCCGACCCUACAAAUACUUACUACGCAGCCAAUUAUGCUCAUUUUCUGUGGAGCACCGGCGGCGAAGACACCUGCUUCCCGCUCUCCACUCCCGACGAAGCAGACGACGAUAAUCCCAUCCCCGACCAUUCCGCCUAGUCAGAACCAAGAAGAAGAAACACACACUAGUACACCACCUUACCUUCACUUCAGUCUUUUUUUUUUUUUUUUUCACCCAAAAAUUGUUAUUAUAGCAAUAAAAUAUUUACAAAAAAAAAAAAAAAUUCAUCUGUAGGUUUUUUUUUUUUUUUUGGGGUUGUUAUUCUAAUGGUGAACUCUGGGCGCCGAGUAGAAUGAGCAAAAUGUAAAAAUUGAUAUGUGUCAAUACAAAUUGUUUCUUUAAUUAUAAUUAAAA